UCUCAUGUUUGUACCACUUAAAUAUUUCGAUUAUCUAAGUUACUGUUGGUAGUUCCGAAAACAUUACUUGACAGUCUUGACAAUUCACAAAAAAAAAUUACAAAAUGCCAUAAAUGCUUCCAGUUUUUAUUUUCGUAAAUCACGAUAUACUUUAGUUUAUUGUAUUUUUUACAAUUUGCUACAACCUCCGCCCCCUUCGCUCCAGUCAGUCGUCGGUCCAGGAUGGGAGACCCGUGCGUUAACUCAUCAGCCGCCAUGGAUUUUUUUGUGGAGACGUUCCAAGCUCAUUAUAUUCUGAUAAACGUUACCAUAUCCGUAUUGAUACUGGGCAUGAUGCUGUUCAUAGAAAUUGUCCGCGAAUCCGGACCGUCGGGACCGUACCUGCCGAAAAUGAAGAAACGCGACUUCACGCUGUACGAACUGAAGAAGUACAACGGAAUACGUAGGCAACGCAUUCUCGUGGCCGUGGACGGUCAAGUGUUCGACGUAACAAAAGACACGAAGCUCUACGGUCCGUGCGGCCCGUACGAGUCGUUCGCCGGCCGCGAUGCCAGCAGAGGCUUCGCCACUUUCAACACCCUCAACGUGAAGCGGGACGAGUACGACGAUCUGGGUGACUUCACGUUUUCCCAGAUGGACAACGUCAGGGAAUGGGGACUGCAAUUCAAGGAGAACUACGAUCUGGUUGGGAAGCUGAUCAAACCGUGGGAGUCGCAUACGAAUUACUCCGAUGAGGAACCAGAUCCAACCGACAUGGAGGAUGCUAAUGCUGAGGACGAAGCUAAGAAGGUGGCCGAACCAGAUAAGCAAUAGUAUUAUUCAUAAUUUUAACGAAAUUAUUAGUAGCAUAAACGAAAGUGUAUAUCUGAUUUUGAAGAUAAUACUGAGACCUAAUAUUACAUUAUAAUAUAUAUGUAUUUCUACAAAAUUUAUAGCCAUAUAAUCGUGUGACAAUAAUAUUCACACUGUUUUAUUAUACCAAUUUUUUUGUAUAAAACCUGAAGCUAUAUAAAUAUAUAUGUAUUAUG